CAGUACCCUUCAAAGCUAACCUUUUAGUGCAAAUUAAUUGUACAAUUUCCCUUGUGUGAAUGCCUAGUAUUAAAUCCCACAACAUGGGAAUCUCUGGCCUUUAAGUAACCUUUGUUCCAAGCAAUUCUGUAACUCUUCCUUUCUCCUUCCCGAAUAUUCCUUGCACAACAUAAAAAUCUGCCGUAUGAAUUAUGUAUCUCCGGAACUCAGACUAUACCACGGAAAAUGGCGGUCACACAUGCUGACCUUGAACCAAGGCGAAGAAAAACAGAUUUUAGCAGUAAAACAGGUGCAUUCUUUGUAGUUCUCACAAUCCUAUUAGGCCUAUUAUGCUUCAUUCUGUGUCUCAUGGCAGAAGCCACGCGUUCUAAGGUGAUGUGGAUGAGCACAGCUGAACAUGGAAAGGGAAGUAAAUCUGAAUGUGUCUAUAGUGGUAGUGGAAAAAUGCCAUUGCUAUGCGCUUCUUGUGCUUUCAUUGGACUAGCAAUUGCCAUGCUGGUGGAGCACACUUUUUUGUUGAUGGCAGUUAGUAAUUCAUCACCUGCUUUACUUACCUUGGAUCCUGAUUCUGCUUCUGCCAAAUCAUUAACAUGGCAAUCCGGGUUUUUCUUCGUUACAACUUGGAUUUGCUUUGCAGUUGGAGAGAUUCUGCUGUUGGCAGGAGUGAGUGUAGAAUCAGGCCAUUUGAAGAAUUGGUCGAAGCCUAAACCCAGUUGUCUUAGUAUCAGAGAAGGGUUGUUCUGUGCUGCAGGGGUGUUUGCUUUAGCAACGGUUUUUCUAGCUUCUGCUUUAUACCUAACGGCUCUACGUGCACUAAGAAUAUCACAGGAGCAAGAAAAUGUUCGAAGGGAGGUACUUAUGACUUCUUCUCUCCAUGCAUCGCCACCAAGAACACCUCAACCACAUAUCAGGGAGAGCCCCACUACUAGAGAGACUCCCUUAUCCGUUUUUCCAACUCCUUUCAAUAAAAGCCUCACCUUUGUGUAAACAUAUGGGAAAGUAUAUUUUUUGGGCCACUGUAAAGGCACAGCACAACAGAGGAAAUGGUGUAAGUAAAGUUGGCAAGUGUUAAAAAACCAUAUAUAUACACGAUUUGAUUUUGUAGUAACUCUGUAAAUUUGAUUCGUUACGUAAUGUUUGAAAGUA